CACUUUCUCAAACUAGAUUAUCUUCCGGUCCCAUGCCUUUCCUUCUCCAGCUAUUAUACUCUCUCUCUCUCUCUCUAUCUAUCUCUCUCUCUCUCACACACACACUCUCUCUCUCUGUCUACAUGUAUAUAAUCAUCGGCAGGUGAGAGCAAAUUAAGAGAAACCAAGCUUAUUAACAUGGGGAGAGCACCGUGCUGUGACAAAGCCAACGUAAAAAGAGGGCCCUGGUCACCUGAAGAGGAUGCCAAACUCAAGUCCUACAUUGAGAAGCAUGGAACUGGAGGCAACUGGAUAGCCUUGCCUCAAAAAAUAGGUCUUAAGAGAUGUGGAAAGAGUUGCCGUCUUAGAUGGCUGAACUAUCUUCGCCCCAGCAUCAAGCAUGGAGGGUUUACAGAGGAUGAGGAUAACUUGAUUUGCAGCCUCUAUGUCAGCAUUGGAAGCAGAUGGUCUAUCAUCGCGGCCCAUUUACCUGGAAGAACGGAUAAUGACAUAAAAAACUACUGGAACACAAGGCUGAAGAAGAAGCUGUUCGGCAGGCAGCCGAGAGAAAAACAGGCUCAACGAGUGAGCCCGUACCCACGGCUGCAAGAGCCGGUGGUGCCGCCCUUGCCCACGGCCGCUUACUCGAAUAUAGAAACUGGGAUGCAGCGUGCGCAAGCAUCAAAUUCUCUGACAGAUUUUGCCAUCAUGCCUCAGCUUGAAUCAAGAUUUUCUUAUGAUCAUCAUCCACAACAGAACAGGGAAAAUUUUGGAAACUUUAUCUGCUAUACUUCUGAAAAUGAACAACCCUGCAAGAGUUCAACUAUUAGGCUUGUCCCUUCGACGCUUACGGGCUUUAUAAAUAGCUUGUGCCCGCCAUCGGGGAGCGAUUUUCAUGGCAUCAGCAGUAUACCAACUAACGAUUUCCAAGCAUUUGAUGAGAUCCCACAAGAUAUAACGUUUAUCAUGCCACAACAAUUGGACGGGGUAGACAGUUUCUCCGAAAUGGUCAGUACUCGAAGCACGACUAGUGUAAUUUCAGCGGAGAGCGCAGUUAGCUGGGGAGAUUUAAGUUGCCAUCUUUACCCUUCUGCUCUCUCCAAUUACGAGAGAAAAAUGCAACAUGACUGGGAGUCUUUUGAUGAUCAUCCAAGGUUGCAAGAUUACUCAGAAAACAAGCUUUUGUAGAUUUUCUCUGGCUUGGAGUGGAUUCAGUGACAGUGUUCCAGGUGUACUUUGUUGAAGACGGAUUUGUUUGUUGUUGUACUAUCACUUUCAUCGAUUCAAAUCUUCCCCUUUUCUUUUCAAAUUACAUAUAUAUAGAGUAUAUUACGGAACAAUUUAAGGAGUUUUUUUAAUGUCGUUUUCCUUGUCAGAAUUCUUGGUUGCUGCUGAAACUGGGAAUCUUGGAAGAAAAAUUAGCUGAUAUAUCAGCACCGAAAUGUACGCUUCAGACUACAAGAGAAAAUAUGAAAUU